AUGUCUUCAAUCAUAAAUCAGGUUUCGGAGACGAAAGACCCACGAGAACAGCUAGCCAUCAUUGAAGCUGAAGUGGCGCGUGUUUCCGCGACGUUGGUUGGCCUGAUGAAUGAAAGCAUUUCUCUCAAAAGGACCGUCAACGACCAGUAUAGCCCAUUCCUACUCCAUCUCCCUGUCGAGAUUAUUUCUGAAAUUUUCAGCUUUUGUCUCCCUUCCUUCGACCCGAAGAACGACAUGCCUAGUACGGGUGACCCUCCAUUCACACCUUUCGUCUUCGGUGCAGUAUGCGCCUCGUGGAGGCGAAUAGCUUGGUCGACGCCGAUGCUUUGGUCAAAAUUGACCUUUCGCCUCAUCUCUCCUCUCAAUAUCCAUACCCAGGUUAACUUACUGGAAGAAUGGCUUGCUCGUUCAGGCGAGCUCCCACUUUCCAUCAGGCUCAUGGCAGCCGAUGACUUCUCCUGGACCGGGGUUAGCUCCGAAGGCGUCAUACAAGCUAUUCGAAAGUAUGCCCACCGUUGGCACGAUCUCAUCAUACAUCUACCGUCUUCUUGCUACAGGUAUCUACCCUCUACGGAAGAGGCCCGCGGCUUUCCCGUUCUAAACUCGUUCAUUCUCAAGCCUCCGGGAGGACAAGGAGAUCGCGUUCACAGAAUUACUAUACCGCUUUCACCGAAUCUUCGCUAUCUGUCAUUAUCAUGCCUUUACCUUCGCUCCAUCGUCUUCCAUUUUGAAGUCUUGACUCACGUCGAAUUAGAGUCUUUUUAUAUUGACGAAAUACUGGAGAUGCUCAGGCAGACGACAGCUUUGCACACUCUGACAGCUAAACGAAUUCUGAGCGGAGACGAUAGGCACGAUCCUCCCGAGGAACCUAUUAUCCUUUCGAAUCUUGAAGAGGUUUGUAUCGUCAAUGACAAAGGCACAGAUAUACAGCUACUAUUUGACAAGAUAUCUACGCCCAAACUCAAUACACUUUCAUAUACCGCCGAGGGGUUACAACCAGUACCUGCCCAUGACAUAGUCUCUCUGAUCAAGCGGUCUGGUUGCCAAUUGGAAACUCUGGACAUCCUUCAUGCUCCAAUACGUGAAGAGCCUCUUCAGAUUCUUCUGGCCGCACUUUCAUCUCUCAAAUCUCUCAAAAUGGCUAUGCCGACACUCACAUCGAUAAGACACGCACCACUAACCGACGCGGUACUGCAAACGCUGAACCCGGAUUAUGCACAAGCGAAUAAAAUAAGCUGCUCGCUUCCCGAAUUGCAAAGUCUUUCUUACGCUGGCGCUCAAGGCUUCACAUGGGAGGCUUUACUUACUGUUCUUGAGUCACGCUGCCCGCUCCCGCCACCGAAGGACCCUUCGCAAUUAGCCCCUGUAAUUUCCUCCCAUAAACCUAUGUCAAGUAUAAAGGAUGUCAUGUUGGUUCUCAAUUUUGCAUCGCCGGAUGAGCAUUCUUCGACGCCUUCCCCGUGCCCUAUCAUGCUUGAAUCUUUAGCGCAUAGGGGAGUGUCAAUAUCUAUCCGCUCUGAUGUUAGGCCUGGGCUGCAUGCAUUGGUGGAAGAAGCUUAA